AUGGAGGUAUUUGUGUCAUUACAGCUGCUCCUGCUUUAUCACAAAGUAUUUAAGGCUCACAUUGUGAAGUGUAGGAUAAGAGACCUAGACCCACCCAUCCAAGAGUAUCACCAAUCAGGAGACCUCUUUGUUGGUGGUAUUGCUUCUCAGAGUUUCAACAUGAAUCCCAUAAAAUUCACUGAAUACCCCCGGUUUGCAUUGGCGGAUGAGCUCGUUACCAUACCUAAGCAUUACCAGCACAUGCUGGCCUUGGAAUACGCUGUAAAGGAGAUCAAUGAAAAUCCAGCAAUCUUACCCAAUGUCACCUUGGGCUUUCAAAUCUACGACAGCUAUUUCAGUGCUAAGCCGACUUAUCAUGCCAUAAUUCAACUGAUGUCCACUCCAAAGUUGUCUGUUCCUAACUUCAAAUGUGACGUCCAGAAUAAUCUGCUAGCCAUCAUUGGGGGAUUGGACUCCAAGACCUCUCUCGAUGUGGCAGCAAUGCUGGACAUCUAUAAGAUUCCACAGCUGAUGUACGGCUUUGCUCCACUGAUGAAGGAUACAAAUCCAGGACUCUCCUUCUACCAGAUGUACCCUAAUGAAGCCCUCCAGCAUGCAGGGAUUCUCUCCUUACUACUGCACUUCAAAUGGACGUGGAUUGGGGUCCUUGUUAUGGAUGAUGACAUGGGAGAAAGCAUUGUGCGGACUGUACUUCCACUGUUUUCCAAGCAUGGUGUCUGUUUUGCCUUCAUACUUAGAAGCCCCAGAUCAAUGUUCCUCACAGAAUAUCAGGACAUGGUUCAACAGGGUUCAGAAAUAUAUGAAGAAAUAAUGAAUAGCAAAGCCAACGUAUUUGUGGCAUUUGGCCAUUCAUACAGUAUCAAUGAUCUGAGAUGGUUGGCGUACCUGUCACACUGGGGACGUAUCCCAUGGAAAACAAAAGGUAAAGUGUGGAUACUGACAGCCCAGAUGGAUUUCACUUCUUACGUUUAUCAAAGGGAUUGGGAUACAGACAUGAUCCAUGGCACUCUGGCCUUUGCCAUACAUUCCACUCAUCUUCCAGGAUUUCAGAAAUUUGUUGAGAACAGAAACCCUUCCAACGCAAAAGGUGAUGGUUUUAUAUGGAACUUCUGGCGCAAUGCCUUUAACUGUGUAUUCCCAAAUCAAGUUCAGGGUGAAGUGAUGGAUGGUAAUUGCACGGGGCAAGAGACGUUGGAAAGCCUUCAUGGAUCUUUUUUUGAAAUCAGUAUGACUAGCCACAGCUAUAGUAUUUACAAUGCUGUCUAUGCUGUGGCCCAUGCUACACAUGCCAUGCACCAGACAAAGCACAGAACAACGGUAAAGCGUUUGACUCUUCUGGAUCAAAACCAAUGGCAGCUCCACUAUUUCCUUAGAAAUAUUGAAUUUAACAACAGUGCUGGGGAAAAAAUUUCAUUGAACAAGAAUGGGGAGUUAAUAGCUGGAUUUGAUAUUGAGAACUGGAUUAUUUCCUCAAACCAAUCCUUUCACAGAGUGAAACUUGGCAGGAUGGAUCUCCAGGAUCCCCAGGCUCAUUUCCAACAAGCAUUCACCAUCAAUGAUAAAGACAUCAUAUGGCCACAAUGGUUUAACCAGACAAAGCCAAGUUCUGUAUGUAGUAAGAAUUGCCACCCUGGCUAUAGCAAGAUAGUGAAAGAGGGGGAACCAUUUUGUUGUUACACUUGCCUGCCAUGUCCGUAUGGAAAGAUAUCGGACCAAAAGGACCUUGAUGAUUGCUAUCAGUGUUCAGAGGAAAAGUAUCCGAGCAAAAACCAGGAUUUGUGUAUUCCCAAGAACAUCAGCUUUCUUUCGUACGAAGAACCAUUGGGGAUGAGUUUAGCUUUUUUUGCUCUUUCGUUCUCCUUGAUCACUUCUCUGAUUCUCAGAACAUUUAAGAAAUUUCAAAGUACUCCCAUCGUCAAAGCCAACAAUCGGAGCCUCACCUACAUUCUUCUCAUCUCUCUUCUGCUCUGCUUCCUUUGCACUUUGCUGUUCAUUGGCCGCCCAGAGAAUGUGACCUGUCUGCUCCGCCAAACGGCCUUCGGCAUCAUUUUUUCUGUGGCUAUUUCUUGUGUGCUGGCCAAAACAAUUACUGUGGUGCUGGCUUUCAUGGCCACCAGGCCAGGAUCCAGGAAGAGGAAAUGGGUGCGUGAAAGUCUGGCCAAUUCAACUGUGUUUUCCUGUUCCCUCAUGCAAGCAGGCAUUUGUACUUUCUGGCUAGCCAUGUCUCCUCCAUUCCCGGAUGCUGACAUGCACUCUGUGACUGAAGAAAUUGUCCUAGAAUGUAAUGAAGGGUCUGUGAUCCUGUUUUGCUGUGUCUUGGCUUACAUGGGAUUCCUGGCCCUUUUGAGCUUCACUGUGGCUUUCUUUGCUAGGAAACUCCCCGAUGCUUUCAAUGAAGCCAAAUUCAUCACCUUCAGCAUGCUGGUCUUUUGCAGUGUGUGGUUAUCCUUUGUUCCAGCCUACUUGAGCACAAAGGGAAAAUAUAUGGUGGCUGUGGAAAUCUUCUCCAUCUUAGCUUCCAGUGCUGGGAUGCUGAGUUUAAUUUUUUUCCCUAAAUGCUUUAUAAUUUUGUUGAGGCCUGAGUUAAACAAAAAGGAAAUAUUAAUAAGGGGUAAAGCACAAAGUACACAAGUGUAA